AUGGACAAUACUCCAAUCUGGCCACUUCUCUUUACUGUAUUCCAGUCAAUUUUAGAGGUAUUUUUGUUAUGUAUCGCAGGUUACAUACUCGCCUGGCGCCGUAUCAUUGAUAAGCCCACUCAACGCGUGAUCAACCAUAUCAACAUCUCCCUGUUCACGCCUGCCUUGUUGUUCUCCAAAGUCGCAUUCUUCCUAAGUCCAGCAAAACUCAAGGAACUAUGGGUUAUUCCAAUUUUCUUCAUCGUGGUCACGGUUUUCUCUGCGCUCGUAGCCAGAGUCCUUUCGAGGAUCUUUGGACUGAAGAAAUCUCAUCGUAACUUCGCUAUGGCUGCUUCGAUGUUCAUGAAUUCGAACUCACUACCCAUCGCUCUGAUGCAAAGCCUUGUGAUCACUGUAGGUGGCCUCAAAUGGACCCCAGACGACAACACGGACGCCAUGUUGGGUCGUGCACUCACGUACCUCGUGCUGUAUAGUACUCUUGGCAUGAUGCUUCGCUGGAGCUACGGCGUGCGUUUGCUUGCCUCUGCCGAUACUCCGCCUACGCCAACCUCUCCCCAUGACAAUGAUCAAGAUUCAGCGUGUAAGAUUCCUACCUUCAUCCCAGAGCCUGUAGGCCAUAUCCAUGGACAGCUACGUCCGCACCCCUUGCCAUCGCACCUUCACCUGUCGCCAUCUCGCGUACCCCAACGGUCGUCUUCACUUUCGCAUUCACACUCCCCGCACCCAGCACGGAACACGGCUAUAUAUCACUCUUUCCCAAAUUCACCUGUGCGGGAAGAUGCACCUUUGGCCUCGGACAGUGUCACACCCGCAGACUCAGAGGAUGGAAUAGAAGACGGGGCAGAAGUUACGAGUGAAAAUUUCCGACAUCGUCGACACCGCACUGGUCUCCGACAUGCCUGGAAGUCCACCAAAAAUGCAUGGCGCCAUAUCAACGCGUUCAUGACAAUGCCUCUAUGGGCUUCCCUACUUAGUCUCGUCGUCGCGUGUACUCCGCCGCUCCAGUCUGCGCUUGAACACAUGGAACCGGUAAAAGGCGCGCUUGGUGCUGCAGGCAACUGCAGUAUACCACUUACGCUUGUGGUGCUUGGGGCAUAUUUCUACUCCGAAUCUCCCGAGGAUGACAUGCAAAAUGAAGAUCUGACGGACUACGAGACAGAUGAGACAAGGCAGGACCUCGGGCAGAACAAGUCUCGUACCUCACUGCUCAGUACCCUUCAGGAGAUGCUGGCACUUAAACGUGUACAGCAGCCGCAGCUCCAGACGCUUGGGGAAGGCAAGACUGUGUUCGUGGCUGUGCUUGCAAGGAUGGUAAUCGUCCCAGCUGUGAUGCUUCCUGUGUUGGCGAUUCUUGCUCAGCUUGAUAUCCAUGAUAUCUUUGCGGACCCCGUGUUCGUGGUGUCAAAUGUACUCUUGAUAGCGAGUCCACCGGCUCUGACGCUCGCGCAGAUAACGCAAGCGGCCUCGAACGACUCGUUUGAGAGGCUAAUAUCACGGACAGUUUUCUGGUCGUAUUGCGUCGUCACCCCACCAAGCACGAUUUUAGUUGUGGUUCUGGGGUUAUUGAUCGCAAAGUUAUGA